AUGUAUUUAGAUAGAAAUAAUGUAUCAUCAAUAAUGCUAUUUUUUAUAAAAAAAAAAAACAAAUUAACCCAUUUACAUAAAAAUGUGUGUGAAAAUAACAAUAAGAAUAUUUAUAUUUUUCAUUCUUUAUUUGGAUGUGGAGUUUUGUUUAUAUUUUUUUAUAUUUUAUUUUAUUUUAUUUUAUUUUGUUUUAUUUUAUUUUAUUUUAUUUUAUUUUAUUUUAUUUUAUAUUUUGUAAAAUUAUCCCAACAAGAUCUCGAAAAUUUUGCCCUAUUUGAAUCAGUAUUAAAACCAGUUAACGAUCCUAAACAAAAACCAGAACAAUAUAUAUCAUCAAUUGAAAGUAGUGGUAUGCCAAAAAAAGAAGUAGUAAUGAAUAAAUUUAGAUCCUCAACUACAUAUGAAUACGUUAUUGAAAAUAGUCCACCACCAAAAAUCUUUGUAAAUAAUGAAAGUAAAAAUGAAAACAACAAUAAUAAUGAUAAUAGUAAUAAUAACAAUAAAAACAAUAAUAAUAAUUACUCUACCAAUACAAAGCCAAGAUCAAAAUCAUGUCCACCAGCUAAAGAAUUACCAUGUAACAACUGUAAAAGAAUGAGUCCAAUUGAUUUAUUGGAACCAUGUGAAAGAUGUGGAAAUGGAUGUUAUUGUUCAGAAGAGUGUCAGUAUUAA